AUGUACCUUUUGUUUCCUUCCUUCUUUUUUGCUUUUUUUUUUUUUUCAAAGUUCCUCAUUCUAACCUUCUCUUUCCAUUUACAUUUUUUUUCUCUUGUCAUCGUUCAUUUCUUUGUCUUCCUCUUUUUAUUCAGAUGUACCUUGUUCCUUCCUUCUUUUCACUUUUUUUUUUUCUUUGCCUUUCCUCAUUCUAACCUUUCUUUUCCAUCUACCUUAUAUUAUCUUGUCAUCGUUCAUCUCUUUGACAGAUUCCUUUGUUCCCAUCAGAUGUACCUUGUUCUUUCCUUCUAUUCACCUUUUAUUUUUCCUUAUUUUCUUGCCUCUCCUCAUUCUAACCUUCUCUUUCCAUCUACCUUUUAUUCUCUUGUCAUCGUUCAUCUCUUUGUCUUCCUCUUCCCAUCAGAUGUACCUUGUUCCUUCCUUCUUUUCACUUUAUUUUUCUUGCCUUUCCUCAUUCUAACCUUCUAUUUCCAUCGACCUUUUAUUCUCUUGUCAUCGUUCAUAUCUUUGUCUUCCUCUUCCCAUCAGAUGUACCUUGUUCCUUCCCUUUUUUUCUUUUUUUUUCUUGCCUUAUUUUUUCUUGCCUCUCCACAUUCUAACCUUCUUUUCCAUCUACCUUUUAUUCUCUUCUCAUCGUUUAUCUCUUUUGUCUUCCUUCAUCUUCCCAUCAGAUGUACCUUUUUGUUCCUUCCUUUUUUCACUUCAUUUUUUCUUGCCUUUCCUCAUUCUAACCUUCUCUUUCCAUCUACCUUUUUCUCUUCUCUUCUCAUCGUCCUCAUCUCUUUUUUGUUCUUCCUUCUUUUAAUUUUUAUCAGAUGUACCUUGUUCCUUCCUUCUUUUCACUUUAUUUUUCUUGCCUCUCCUCAUUCUAACCUUCUCUUUCCAUCUACCUUUUAUUCUCUUCUCAUCGUUCAUCUCUUUGUCUUCCUCUUCCCAUCAGAUGUACCUUGUUCCUUCCUUCUUUUCACUUCAUUUUUCUUGCCUUUCCUCAUUCUAACCUUCUCUUUCCAUCUACCUUUUAUUCUCUUCUCAUCGUUCAUCUCUUUGUCUUCCUCUUCCCAUCAGAUGUACCUUGUUCCUUCCUUCUUUUCACUUUAUUUUUCUUGCCUUUCCUCAUUCUAA